UCGAAAGAAAAAGUCGUAGCUGACAGUGAUUGCAUGACUUCUGUACAACGUCCGAUUAGUUUUUGCGUUUUAUUGUCUUCCUUUGUACUGAAAAUUCGACUCUAGGAAAUUGAUUUCGUGUAGCUAUGUCUGGCAUUGCUUUGGGCCGUUUAUCAGAAGAGAGAAAAGCUUGGCGUAAAGACCAUCCUUUCGGAUUUGUGGCCAAACCGCUCAAAAAUCCUGAUGGUACUCUAAAUCUGAUGAACUGGGAAUGUGCGAUCCCUGGAAAGAAAGCGACUCCAUGGGAAGGAGGUUCUUUCAAACUGAAGAUGAUAUUUAAAGACGACUACCCAUCCUCUCCACCAAAAUGUAAAUUUGAUCCCCCAAUUUUCCACCCCAAUGUUUACCCAUCUGGCACAGUGUGUUUGUCUCUUCUGGAUGAGGAAAAAGACUGGAGGCCUGCAGUCACUAUAAAACAGAUUUUAUUGGGAAUUCAAGACUUACUGAAUGAUCCAAACAUAAGAGAUCCUGCUCAAGCAGAAGCUUAUACCAUCUACUGCCAAAACAGAUCAGAAUAUGAGAAACGAGUUAGAAGUCAAGCUGCAAAGUUCUCAAGUACAUAGUGAAUAAAGAAAAAUAGAAGACACUUCGCUAACAGACAUGUGGUUUCAUAAUGACUGGCACGAAUUGGAUUUAUUUUUUUCUCCAUUUAUGAACUGCGAUGGGGAGUGGAACAAGAAUUAAUCCAUAACUGCUUUAAUACCACGGCUGUUGUUGUGAAUUGGAAGGAGCUAUCGUGUCUGUUAUAGUAGGAAGUUUCACAGUGUACAGUUCAACUAACUUAUGCUACAAGACGGAUAAAGUUGACCCUAAUCUAUGUUA